UAAAUGCUCCAGUGCUCGUUUUGCUCCUGCUUUCCCCCCGUACUAGCACUCUUGUACCGCGAAAUUAAAUCCGGUUGACUUUUAUCAACUUCCAAAGUCCCACCGAGUACAUCGCCAAAUCAUACCUGCAACCGUGACGAAGGCGAUUUAGGCUUAGAAUGUUCGCGACCACAAUCGUUGUUUGUUCCACCUUCGGGCCGCAGGCCAUUCUCCCUAGAGUUUGUUCAUGUGUUGCGAUUUUGUCGUUUACCUACACCGGAAGUUAUUCGUGAUAAGCGCUUCAAAAUACAGGAGUGCACAAGAACAAGUAGUGUCAGCUUGAACAGCAAUGUCAGAAACUCCAGGUUAUACGACGACGGGCGGACAGCAAACAGAAGCACAUAAUGCUCUGGAAUACUUCUGGCCCCAUGUCAUGGAAGAAACAAAGAACCUUGGAGCAAAUGAUUUCAAAAAUCAAGAGCUGCCCUUGGCACGUAUAAAAAAAAUCAUGAAAUUGGACGACGACGUCAAGAUGAUCAGCGCGGAAGCUCCAGUUUUGUUUGCGAGAGCCUCGGAAAUUUUCAUUACGGAGCUAUCGUUGCGCGCGUGGAUUCACACGGAGGACAACAAGCGACGAACGCUACAGCGAAAUGACAUCGCGAUGGCUAUCACAAAGUAUGACCAGUUUGAUUUCUUGAUUGACAUCGUCCCUCGAGAUGAACUGAAGCCAGCUACAAAGCGAACGGAAGAAGCAGUACGGACUACAGCCAUGGCACCUGACCAGGUGCAGUACUACUUACAGUUAGCUCAGCAACAUCAGGCAGCUCUUCAGCAACAGCCAGGAAUUGGCACAGCACAGAUCGCGCAAGCUCAACAGCCUCAGAUCCAGAUUGUCCAGGGCUCAGCUGCGAGCCUUGCAUCCGCAGCUUCACAGGCAGUCACCGUUCAGAAUACGGCUCCCACGUUCACAAUGCCGUCCAUGCUUCAAGUGCAACCAAUGACUAGCGGUACAGAAACCCAACAAGUUCAAACAGCCGUUCAGCAGCAACAGCAACAACAACCUCCUCAACAAAUUCAGCUUCAAGUGCAGCAAGCGCCUCAGCAAGCAGCGCAAUCACAGGUUGUUCAACUUCAGCAACCGGUACAGCAGCAAGUCCCACAGAGUGGUGGUAUUCAAAUUGUGCAGCAAGUCAUCAACAGCAACGGAGAAAUUCAGCAAAUACCGAUUCAGUUGACGCAAGCACAGUUGCAGCUAAUCCGCAUGCAAAUGCAAGGGCAAAGCACGGGCCAACCCAUCAUCAUUCAAGCAGCGCCGUUACAACAACCUGCACCACCGCCUCAACCGGUCCAACAACCACAGACAUUAUACCAAAUUCAACAAGGUUCAGGUCAACCAACAUCGGUGUUCCUCGCUCCGGCCAAUACGGUAACCACGGCACAGGGCACAACGGUACAGAUACAGACACAACAGGACGGACAAGUCGUAGAAGACGAUUCUUCGGAGCAGUGAUCGAUUCGAAAUCAAGUCAUCCUGGAAUUAGCCAGUUCAUUUGAAAAACUUUCGAACAGUCCUUAAAAAGCACACUAAUUUAUAUUUUUGACUAAUGUUCACUCCUAAAGACUGAAAUUUGAUUUUUUUUUUUUCCACUCGAUCUCACUGUACAUAGCUUCUCAUCCAUGUUGUGUAUUACAUAAAAGCCAUGUUCAUUAAGGUGUAACAAAUAAAACUUUUUUUCUGCACAGCG